UAGCGAGCGUCCCCUAAUUUAAACCUGGCAAGCGAAGGGUGUAGAGAGAGAGGGUCGGGGGUGAAGUGCGCCAGAGAGAGAUGGCCGGAAAAGCUGGAACGACUCCAAUCACGUACUCACCGUCGCCGACAACGCAGUAUAAGAAGAAAACGCCCAUUUUCAGAGACGUCGAUUGGGUUCGUCCCGACGGUCGUGGCUUUCACGAGUGCAGGCCUGCCUUUCUGAGGACUGGUGCUGCGAAUGCCGCUUCAGGUUCUGCAUAUGCAGAGUUUGGAAAUACCAAGGUCAUUGUCUCUGUAUUUGGGCCAAGGGAAAGUAAGAAAGCAAUGAUGUACAGUGAUCUAGGGCGGCUAAAUUGUGAUGUCAGUUAUACAACUUUUGCCACCCCCGUUCGUGGACAGGUAUCGGACAACAAAGAGUUCUCUUCAAUGCUACAUAAAGCUUUGGAGGGUGCGAUAAUACUGGAUAGUUUCCCUAAGACAACUGUUGAUGUUUUUGCAUUGGUGUUGGAAUCUGGUGGCAGUGAUCUUCCCGUGGUGAUAUCCUGUGCUAGUCUUGCUCUGGCAGAUGCAGGGAUUUUGAUGUAUGACUUGGUUGCCUCAGUUUCUGUGUCUUGCCUCGGGAAGAAUCUUCUCAUUGAUCCUAUCUCAGAAGAAGAAGGCAACCAAGACGGAAGCCUAAUGAUUACUUGUAUGCCUUCGCGUAAUGAGGUUACCCAGCUGACUAUAGCAGGAGAAUGGUCAACCCCAAAGAUUCAUGAGGCAAUGGAGCUAUGCCUUGAUGCUUGCUCCAAGCUCGGGAAGAUCAUGAGGUCAUGCUUGAAGGAAACUGCUUCUGCUUCGCAGGAAUAGGGUGAUAGUUUUUUUUUUUUUUUUUUUUUUUUUUUUCAUUAGUGCAGAUCACAGAAUUAGCUAUUGAGUUUCGUUUCCUUAAAACCAAGUUCCCGUAUAUCAUACAUUCUUGUGUUUUUUUGUUUUUUUAAUUUUGUAAUUGGUUUGGCCAGAAUUUUGCUCAUUGUAUCCAAUGAAGUUCUGAUGGCUGCUUCAUCGUUUGAAUCUCCAGCCUAUUUACUUUUGAA